UAGUGUGCAACUCAACAAGUCAGUGUGAAAUUUGUAUAGUGCUCAGCCACUGUGGACAAUAAGUGGCAAAAAGGAUGGAUUCCCCUUUAUUAUCUGAAUAUUAAAGGCAUCCUGCACUUAUUCCUUCCUGCCUGCACAACUCUGAGAAUCUAUUUCGGUACUUCCCCUCUUAAUAAAGCACACAAUAAUACAAUGAUAAAUAAAGAAGUAUAUCAAUGAUGUAAAGACUAGGGGAAGUAAGUCUCUUUUUUUUCCUGAAUGAUGUUAAAGAAACAAAUGAAUAGUGCAAAGUUUAAGUAUUUUUCGCAAAAAAAAGUUAAAGUAUAUUUUUUGACAAUGUAGGCAUUUUGGUUCAAAUUUUUGUGCUGAUGGUGCAAUUUGUGUUUGGGUGCUUGAUGGGUGCACUCGGUUAGGACGGCUCAUAGGCAUGGUGGAGCCACUGUUGAUGCUUUAGAAAAUUGGAAAUCAAUGAUAUUGUCAAUAUAAGAAAUUUGAGAUUCUUGUACAUGGAACUACUUGCAUGAUUCUGCAGCUGCUUUGAAGUUACUUUCAGGAUUUCACAAUGGUAUUUAUUCUGAUUUUUGUAUACUUGGACCUUAUUUUAUGCGCCAAUCAUCCUCCUCCAGGCCAGCAAAGCAAGAUAAAGGUUGUUCCUUUCUUUAUCAUGCUCCCUUGACAAGCCAGGAAUCUGAUGCCUGGCCUUCUCUUUACUCAAUUGCUUGAAACCCUUCUUUCCGGUUGCAACGUGUGACAUCGUCUGAAAUCCAUUUUGUUCCAUAUGUACAUACAUCUGAAUUUUACUUGCAUGGUAAAGCCAAGCCUUCAUCUCUGCUUCCCCUCCAUUGUUCAACUAUUCUUCAUCAACUCCACCAGGCAUGGGUGAUAGGAUGACCACGGUAACAUCACCAUCUAACCUGGAAUAUAUAAGAGAUGUUGCAGAUAUUGAUUUGCAGGAGUACAAGGGUGUGGAGAACAUUGCGUUCUACCAGGUUCAAACAAACUUGGGAUCAGGCUUGUCUAUGGAAAGUGAGAGAUCACUAAGGAUUCAUAUUUGUACAGAUCGCAAUGGUGUCAACUUCCUGCUUGAGUUUCUGCAUCAUCUUGUGGAGUCCAAGGAGAGCUACAGAAAUGUGACCAACCUUCUGUUUCAUUGUAUUGAAUGGCACCCUGAAGAGAUCCGACUUCUCUGUUCAUACUUAGGCUCUGGCUCGAAUGUGAAGCAGGUGGGGUUCCAAAAGAAUUUGUUCAAUACAAAAUCAGCAGUUACUUUAGUCCCCUUCUCAGAAAUGCUCCAAAGGAACAACAGUAUGAAAGCAGUUGUUUUCAAUGAUUGUAGAGUGGGAGCCACUGGAGCGACAUUGCUUGCCUCAGCUUUGGCAAACAACAGAUGCGUGGAAGAGUUUCAAGUAUGGGAAGACUCAAUUGGUUCCAAGGGAUCAGAAGAACUCUCCAAGAUGAUUGAGGUGAACUAUAUGUUGAAGUUGUUGAUCAUACUGGACAACAGCUGCAUUGCAGCAGCUCCGCUUAUCUCUGCUGUGCUGGCACGCAACCGCAGAGUGGAGGUGCAUAUAUGGGGACAGAAUCGUGGUGCUAGAGGUAGCACUGACAGCUGUAAAAUUGUUGAGUUCCUGCCAGUAACUGGAAACAUGAGGAUUUACAACAAUAUUAACUCUACAGGCUUGCAGCGGGUUGCUUGUGCUUUGGCAUGGAAUACCACAGUGACAACAUUGGACAUGACGGGUGUCCCUCUAAAGUCCAUGUGGACCAAAGAACUUAGAGGAGUCCUUGACAGGAAUAAGAGCCUGAAAGCUAUCAAACUUACCAGGUGUUGCCUCAGGGACAAAGCGGUGGUGUAUAUAGCUGCAGGACUAUUCAAGAACAAGUAUUUAGAGAGCUUGAGUUUGGAUGGGAAUCGCUUUAGUGGUGUUGGGUUGGAGCAUUUGUUAUGUCCUCUUAGCACAUUUUCACCACUUCAGACACAAGCCAAUUCCACUUUGAAGGUUUUGCGUUUUGGAGGAGAGAGAACAAAUGUAGGCCGAUAUGGUGUAGCUGCAAUCUUGCAGAUGUUGGAGACAAAUCAGAGCCUUAUUCAGCUGGCUAUAUGUGAUGAUGCAAGCUUGAGAUCAAAUGACGUCAUCAAAAUCUUUACAAGCUUAGAAAGGAAUGCUACUCUUCGAAUUUUAUCUUUGAGAGGGUGCAAGGGAGUUGAGGGGGAAGCAGUCUUGCAGACCAUUAUGAACACUUUGCAGGUCAAUCCGUGGAUUGAAGAAAUUGAUCUUCAUGCAACACCUUUGCAUAUUGCUGGCAAGACAGACCAAAUUUAUGAGAAACUUGGUCAGAAUGGGAGUUUGCCUCUGCCAAACGAUAUGCUUGAUUUGCCACAAAGUGCUCCUGCUUGCUGCCGAGUUUUUCUGUGCGGGCAAGAAUCAGCAGGUAAAAGCACACUAUGUAGCUCCAUGAAUCAGUGCCUGAACACAAUGAAGUUGGUUCACGUGGAUGUAAUAAGAACUCCGAAGACUCCAGCUGAGCAGGUGGCAUUCACUGCUGAGAAUAAGAUGAGCUCAAUCUUUGAUGGCAGCACAAAGUUGACAAUGUGUAAUCUUGGUGGACAUGAAGGAAGUUUUGCAUUGCAUGAUUUCAUGUCCGUGGUACAUAGUGAUCCAAGCUUUUUCAUGAUUGUGUCUAGUUUGGUUGGAAAACCUAGUACGAAAUAUCCAAAAAGCAUAGAUGAGAUUGAAUGGGAGCUGGUAUAUUGGCUAAGGUUCUUGAUUUCAAAUUAUAGGCGGAAAGUAUCAAACUCGUUCCAGCCCUGUGUAACCAUAGUUUUCACCCAUUAUGACAAGGUAUCUCAUCUACCAGAAGGGCUACAGCCAAUUGCUGCUGUUGUACACAGGCUCAGAGAAGACUUCCAUUCACAUGCAGAAAUCUACCCUACUGUUUUUGCCGUGGACUCAAGAUCAUUGGUUUCAGUAAGUAAACUCACUCAUCACUUGCGUAAGACAACAAAGACAGUAAUCCGACAAGUUCCUCAAGUUUACGAAGUAUGCAAUGAUUUGAUCAAGAUUUUGGAUGACUGGAGGUUGAAGAAUAACAAAACAGUGAUCAGGUGGGCUGAGUUCUGCGAGAUAUGCCAGCUCAACAUUCCAGCUCUAAGAUUGAGAUCAAGGCGUGAUAAUGUGGAGAAAGUGGACACACGGAGACGUGCUGUUGCGAAAUCACUGCAUACCUUGGGUGAAAUAGUAUUUUUUGAGGAACUUGGACUUCUUGUCAUGAAUUGUGAAUGGUUCUGUCGGGAUGUCCUCAGCCAACUAGCUACAUUAAAGUCAAUCAAGAUAGAAAAUAGUGGUGGUUUUGUCCACAAAGAGGAUGUGGUGAAGAUUCUGCAAGAGAAGCUGCGCAACCAAAUGUCAAGAUCAAACUGGAGAACCGGUGCAUCCUUACAGGCUAGUGAUAUCAUAAAUAUAUUGCUGGAACUCGAAUUAUGCUACGAACAGGACCCUGGGAACCCGCAUACAUUACUUUUACUACCAGGUAUUCUUGAGGAAAACAAAGAAGGUACUGAAAAGUGGCAGUUAACUGUGCCUGAAUGCAGAUUUGUUGGAAGGCGUCUUGAAUGUGAAGAUGUGCACAUGCUCCUGACAAGUGAUUUCUUUCCAAGAUUACAGGUUCGUCUACGCAACAAAAUCAUGUGUCUCGGAGAGCAAGGAGCAGUCUACAACUUGGAGAAAAAUCUUAUUUAUACAGAGGUCAGCGGUGUCCAUGUAAAGGUGGAGCUGGGAAUGAAGUUUGGCUCAUUCAUAGAUGUGCUUGCAUGCUCCGGUAAAAAUGUUACCGACGUGGUCAGGCUACUCCACAAGUUAGUAAUCCCAACGAUACUGAAUUUGUCUCCCAGUAUGACCUUCAAGGAAAGCAUUCUCAGGCCCGACUGUGUGAAAUAUCUCAUACCACAAAGGUUCCGUGCAACUCAGCAGCUUCCAUUGAAAAAAAUAAAGCAAGUCCUAUUGUCACUGCCAGCAGAAAGCAUAUAUGAUUAUCAGCAUACGUGGAGUGCUGUUGAAAGCAAUAAACGGCUCCUCUUAAGACCAGGAUCAGAUCAUGCCAGAGAUCUGUUAUCAGAUGAUGACUUCCAUGAAGUUUUGCAUCGUAGGUACUAUGAUUUACAGUAUCUCGCUACUGAACUUGCUGUGACCCCGGACAAUCUGCAGCAGCCUGAAACUAUCCAUGAAGCAGAUGUGGUUGAUCCCUCCAUAUUAGGCAUCGCGAGAGGUGUCGAGAUGGUUCUCCAAAGACUGAAGAUAAUAGAGCAAGGAAUAAGAGACUUGAAGGAAGAGAUUGCAAGCUUGAGGUACUACGAGUAUCACCUUGUGACUGAACUCCACAGGAAAAUGGACUAUGUAAUGAACUAUAGCGUUCAACUGGAGGAAAGAAAAGUGCCCCAGAUGUUCUAUCUUGUCAGCCUAAACAACCGCUCGAAGAAGCUGGUCACAAGAAUACUGCCUGGUAUGCAAUCCCUACGGGUGCACAUGCUAUGUGAAUUUCGAAGAGAAAUGCAUGUGGUGGAGGAUCAGGUCGGGUGCGAUCUGAUCCAAGUGGACAAUCAAGCAGUGCAAUGCCUGCUGCCUUACAUGAGCAAGUUCAUGAAGCUCUUAACAUUUGCACUGAAGAUCGGCGCGCAUUUCAUUGUCGGGAUGGGGGAGAUGAUACCUGACCUGAGCAGGGAGGUGGUGCACCUGCUCAACUCCUCAGCCAUGUACGGUGCGGCUACAUCUGCUGCGUCGCUGGGGGCUCUAGGUGCGGCAGCGAUGUAUGGAAGAGCGAGGAACAACAACAGCAGCGACAUGGGGGAGGAUAUGAAAGCGGCUAGGCAGUGGCUUGUGGAUUUCUUAAGAGGGCAAGGGAUUUUGACAGGGAUGGACAUUGCACAGAGGUUUGGCCUGUGGCGUGUUAGACACAGAGAUGACGGCCACAUUGCUUGGAUCUGCAGGAAGCACAUGGCGGCGAGAGGAGACGAGGUCUUUGAGCUUCCACUCUGAACUGUCCAUUCCGGCGUGACCACGACCACAGGUGCCUCCCUCUAAUGUCACGGUGCUGAUAGCCUGAUAGGUGACGGUUGAUAUUAGCCCUCGUGCAAUUGUGUGAUGAAUCAUGAAUGUGCUCAGUUUUGAGCACUCUGUCCGUCAAAAUGUGUGUACAGUUUGGUGUGAUUUGUCCAAAGAGUAUCUAAGAGUGACAUGAUAAAUGAUUAUAUGUAAACCAGGUAUUUGAUUUCCUCGUGCAAAAACAAAUUGUUCACAUCGA